GUAGUAGUUCAGUGGCUCUCAUUGACGGUGUAGCAUCUGUUCCUACACAUCAUAGGGAGGGAGGCUGGUCUGUGGCUCCACUACUCCUUAGCCAUCAGUGCCCGUUCACACAGCUUGCACCCAGCAUGGUCCACGGCGGACCCUCAUACUCACAGCCUGCAAAUUAGGGAAAGGGGGUACGUAUAAUACCCUGUACCCCCAGCAAGAGGAUGGGAUGCUGUACCGGGAGGUGCACCUUAAUUCUGCUCUGUGCUGUACAACUGAUAUUUGCUCUAGAGCGCCAAGUGUUUGACUUUCUUGGUUACCAAUGGGCUCCAAUUCUGGCCAAUUUCCUUCACAUCAUCGUCAUAAUCUUGGGUCUUUUCGGGACCCUGCAGUACAGACCCCGCUACGUGGUGGCGUACGCGAUUUGGGCAGCGGUGUGGGUCACGUGGAACGUUUUCAUUAUCUGUUUCUACCUUGAAGUGGGAGACUUGUCUAAGGAGAGCGACCUCCUAACCUUCCACGUGUCGCAGCAUCAGUCAUGGUGGAGCGAACAUGGACCGGGCUGUGUCAGGAAGGAGGCACCCAUCUCAGGCAUGGCCGGGCUGGAGAGUCACUCGUAUGUGUCGGUGGUCGGCUGUGCCGUGGAGUAUCAAUACAUCGAGGUGUUGCACAGUGCUGUUCAGAUCCUACUGGCGCUCCUGGGGUUUGUAUAUGCCUGCUACGUCACCAGCGUGUUCACCGAGGAAGAGGACAGCUUUGAUUUCAUUGGUGGAUUUGAUCCAUUUCCCCUCUACCAUGUCAAUGAAAAGUCCAACCACCUGCUGUUCAAGCAGAGUUACCUGCCGGCGUAAGUGACGGAAGGAGAGUCCAUCAGCUCAAGCAGGUUCCUACAGACCGGUGGAGGGUUCACCUCUUUCUUUAAAUGCCUCACAGACCCUCACCCAACAUCCCAAGGAACCAAACGCAUAUCAGGGGAAGCAGAGGACAACGCUUUGGAUUGAAGGACGGUGACCAGGAGAUUUCAACCUUGAACGCCUACAGCUUCAAGGAUAAAAAAAAA